UACGUAGUUUAGGUGACAUCAGUUAUUUAGUUCGUGCUGCCGCUGUUUUGACUGACAAAAAGCACAUACAUUCUAUCAUGGACUUGAACAAGCACCAAGAAAAGAAGUUUCAAAUAUGUCGAAUAGUAAUCUCAACAACAUCUUUUAUUUGUUCUGCAAUCGCCCUAUCAAUAGUAGUAAGAGAUUUGAAGAACUUGUAUACCAAGCUUGAAAAACACACAGAUACUAUGGAGUGCUCAAAUUGUCAGGAUAACUUAUUUCACAAGUUUGAUGGCAAAACAAAACCAGUGCACGCCGCCACUACAGAAAAUCUAAUUACACCAGUAACUGCUCAUGUAUCAAUCACACAGGGAUUAAAACAUCAAGAUCUUUCGUUUAGCAAAAACCAUGUUGAUCUUGAGAUCAAUCUGCAUUCACCUGCAAAUCAUUUUCGCGGUGUCGUCAUUCAUGAAAAUAAAAUAAUUAUUUUACAUUCAGGGUUAUAUUAUUUAUAUAGCAGCAUUGACUUUAAACCAAAUUCUACAAAGUCUUCAAAAGACUUUACUUACCAGACAUGGUUUCACUAUGUCCACAAGUCUAACAUAAACAAUCCGCAUCGGUCAGGAGUUUUGUUGAGGACAGUCCACACAUGCUGUCCUGACUGUGUGGACAGUCGCGAGACAGCAUACACAGGUGGAGCAUUUUACCUAGAAGCAGGAGACACCAUCCAAUCAUGUGUGUCUGUUCAAGGUGUGGUCUCCGUCGAUGACCGUUCAUCCUUUUUAGGGCUGGUGAUGCUGAACAGCCAAGAAAGCACGGCAGACGAGGUACCCUGACAAGUGAAGCUAACGUGACUAUUCUGCCAACGCCCUACCCUAUAGAUCUGUUAGCCUAUAGGCCAGCAUUCUAUAAUUUCACUAUGAUGGGUACCUGACCCAGGGAAAAUGAAGGCGGGUGCAAGUAGUGUUGACCAGAUUUUGCCUUCAAAUGCUGUUAGCGCUGAAGCAGGUGAACUCUAUGCCAUUCACAAUAUCAACCGGUGGUUGAAAGUACACAUUUUAUACAGGCCUAAACUAUGAGUGCUAUGUGCGCUAAACUUAGCUUACCUGCCCCAAUCAUUUUGGUAUAAUUAUAUUUAUAAGAUAUUAAUAUGGGACAGAGUGGCCUAGCCCUAGAGAGCUAGACUGCUAACCCGUAAGUUUCGAGUUCAAGUCAGUAGACUGUCUCUUAGUAUACACAGAAACGUCCUUAAUAUAUAGGUAAAGAAGGGCACUAAGAGCUACACUUUUUGGAACCUGUACAUUUUUAAAGAUUUUUUCUAAUCCAAGUAUUUUCUAAUAUUGAAAUUAAUGCAAAAUUAUUCUAACACAUCUUACACAAUAUAAAAAUAAUAAUAAAGGCUAUUACAUUUACUUUCAAGAGUUAAGAUUCUUGGAUCUAAAAAGGGAAGGUACUAACUAAUCUGCCUUGAUGCUUUCCCCUGAUAAGCCAUGUGUGCUAUACAUUACAUAACAUGACAUGGACAUGAAAAAUGUUGAGGGGAGAGCAUUUGUACUGAUUUCCCCUUUGUUCUCCUUGCUGGACCCUGAGGGCCAUAAAUUACAUAAGAGGUGCUAUCUCUUGUUGGCUGGGAUUAUAAAUGACAUAAAAUGAAUCCUCUGCUUCUCUGUUAUGUUAUCAAAGAACAGCAGUGGUUGUUACCUCCGAAGUAGAUUAGCAGUGUUAUUGGGGGUUUUGUGGGGGUGGGGAGUUGAUCGGGUCUUAAUACCAAACGGCUCUUAGUGCCCUGCUUUCCUAAUUGUUAUAUGUUAUUUUUAUUGAGAUCUGGAUCUUAAAAAUGUGAAGUGUUGCUUUAUUAUGUUAUACAUGUGCUAGACGUACAUCUUUAGACAAAGUAAAUAUUGUUUAGUUAUGCUUUGAUGUCAAAUUAAGGUUGGGCAAAAUGUACAGAUAAGUGGUAACCGAUCACUAUGUAGGCCCACUGAUGUUUUUAGUAAAUAUAUUUGAGAGCUGUAUAGAAAGUAUAAUUUUAUAUUUUUAUUAAAAUAGCGCUAUUCAACAUUUCAUUUGAAAUUGGAAAUGUUUUUGUUUGGUAUAUUAACAUUUUGUUACAUUUGGUAACAAUGCAACCAAAUUUAUACAUUAUAUGUUUAAUGUAAUUAUGUUUGUCUUAUUAAAAACAGUAUUAACCUAGGCG